AUGGUCGACGGCGGCAGUGGCAGCGGCAGCCGCGAUCCCAUGUCCACUGCACCGGUGCCGGAGGUGCGUGUAUUUGUCGGCGACUCGGCAGGACGUGUCAAGGUGCUCUAUACGCAAUCGAAGCGAUACGAGACAUUGACGGUCCCUGGAUGCCGUGUGGGCUCGGCGAUGGCGUGCCAGGCGCUGGCCUGUGGCCUAUUUUCGCUGCCGGAGCCUGCCUGUGUGCUGGUGGUGGCGCGUAAGAACGGCACGCUCGAUGUGAUUCAUGUGGAUCAGGAUGCAGAGACCGGCAAGCUCCUGUGCACGAUCCACGAAGACCGCAUGCGAGUCGGUUUGGAGCGAUGGGUCGGUCUGCGGCUGAGUGUGAAUGGCCUCUUUGCGUGCACGUCGGGCGGCUCGUUCCGGCAUGUGGACCUCGCUGCGUGCUUGCACGAGAACGCUUUUGAGAAGGACCGGGUGAGCGACGCCACCUGUACGUGGACGAUACCGAGCCCCCUGCAUCAUGUGGCAUUUUAUCCGCCUGAUGCCUCGCAGCCGGUGACGCAUGUGGCAUCGGGUGGCGAGCAGGUCCUCUUAUCUAUAUGGAGCGUGGAGCGAUGGUGGGCACACUAUCGGCAGCCGACGGAGGCGCUGGAGACGCCAUCGACGCCGCCGACGAGCAAGAAACGUGCCGCGCCGACAUCCAGCAAGCAUCGCGAGCUGGCGCCCGGCGAAGUAUGGCGCGCGAAGAACCUGCCGAACGACCACCUGUCCCUGGCGCGUCCGCCGAUGAUCCGGUGCAUUGGAUUCGCGCGCCAUACCCCACCGGACGGCGCGCAGGAUGCUUUGGCAUCGAUGCGUGUCAUGGUCGGCACCAAAGACGGCCUGCUGCGAGUGUACGAGCCGUCGAAAAAGCCGCGGCAUGUGCAGGAAUGGCCCGUCGUGCCCAAGGGCCAGGGCUCGAUUCGUGUGCUGCACGCGAUGCCCCAUACGCUCCUGGUGAGCGAUACCUCGCGCCACCUGUACAUGCUGGACGGCCGCACCGGCCACGUACAGUUCCAGUACAAGGACAUGACCGGCACCGUCUCAGAUGUGCUCACGCUGCACGACUCACAGCAGGGCCGCACAUGGGUCCUGAGUGCAUCGCUCGACCACCUCAUCCGCCUCUUUGGCACGCAGCGCAGCACGAUGCUCGAGCAGUACUUCACCGGCACGGACCAUGCCGUGUCGCUCGUCGUGGAUCCCCAGUGGACCCCACCCGUUCCUCACAACGACGAUGAAGAUGUCUGGGCGCACAUGUCGACCGUCGGACAGGACGCCUCCGACGACGACUCGGACACGGACGCCGACGAGGCGAGCGCCCAGCGCGCCGAAAAGCGGCACCGCCGCACCGUAGAAAAGGCCGUAUAA